AAUUAAGAGAAAGACUCACAAGAGGGACUGGUUAGAUCUGUAUAUCGGUAUGCUCAUCACCCGCUUUUUGUCUAUUAUCCUUGUGGGUUUUACAGUCCUUGUCUUACCACGCAGUGCUCAAGUAUGUCCAAAGAACUGGGUACGUUUUCAUAACUCGUGCUACAAGUUCUCUUCCAAGUCAGCCUCCUGGAAUGCAGCAAAAGCGUCCUGCGAAGCUCAAGGAUCCCAUCUCGUUGUGAUUAAUUCUCGAGCUGAAAAUCAAGCGAUUGGCACUCGUUCUUCACACACUAUGUUUAUUGGUUUGCACAGGGAUCCUAAAGACCAGUCUCGCUGGCUCUGGGUUGAUGGUUCGCGGCCAACCUUUACUAAUUGGAAUUCUGGAGAACCUAAUAAUUCCGGAGGAAGGGAGGCGUGUGUCGAGUUGUAUACUCAGAAGCACGGAUUGAAAUGGAAUGACCUCCAAUGUACUGGUCCACGUCGUUACAUUUGCGAAACCAGUGUUAAAUGUCCAGUCCUUACAGUUGGUCGUCUCGUCAAAACCACACCAAACAAUUGUGUGACAUCACCGGCGAAACACAAUACCAAUUGCUCGUUCUCAUGUCCACAGGGAUACUAUUUACAAGGUCCUUCUAAGAAACAGUGUGGGGCUAAUGGUCAAUGGACGGAUAGUGCCAAACCUGUGACGUGCAAGGUUGAAUGUCCAGUCCUUACGGUUGGUCGUCUCGUCAAAACCACACCAAACAAUUGUGUGACAUCACCGGCGAAACACGAUACCGAAUGCUCGUUCUCAUGUCCACAGGGAUACUAUUUACAAGGUCCUUCUAAGAAACAGUGUGGGGCUAAUGGUCAAUGGACGGAUAGUGCCAAAUCUGUGACGUGCAAGGACACCGACGAGUGUGCUGUGUCAAAUGGUGACUGCAGUCACGAGUGCGUCAAUAUUGCAGGGGGCUACAAAUGUGAAUGUCCAGACCUAGAGCUAAGCUUAUCAUCAGAUAACAAAACAUGUCAUGCUCCAGGGGUCAAUGUCCAGUGCAACAGCAACAAUAUGACAAUUAUCAUUCCUAAGUCCCUCUUCCGUGGUCGCGACCGUGGGCGUCUUCGGCUCUUAGACUCAAGAUGCAAGGCUGAGGAAACCAACGCCUCCUUCUCUCUGACAACUCCGCUGACUGGCUGUGACACAAAACGCAGGCUUACACCGACAGCUAUCGUCUACUCCAACAUAGUCUUUGAAAUCCCUGUGGCCGCUAAGGACGUCGCAACACGCGUGCGGGAAAUAGAAAUACCAUUCAGCUGCUACUUAUCCAAGUUUGGCGUGGUAUCAUCAGUUGGUUGGAGGCCGAGCAAUACAAAACUUAGGUUCAGUGAUGAAGGCAAAGGAAACUUCACACUUUCUCUGAAUAUGUUCCGUGACAAAAGAUUCGUGAGUCCUUACAUGAAGGAUGACUUCCCUGUUGAUGUGCUGCUUCGUAAACCUCUCUUCUUUGAAGUGUCAGUGACAUCGACUGACAAGAAGUUGUCAAUCAUGGCUGAUCGAUGCUAUGCCACGCCCACUCAGGAUGAGAAAAGUUCUGUAAAUUACGAAUUUAUAAAGAAAGGAUGUCAGAAUGACGUUACCGUGAAGUAUUACUCUGGGCCUUCAUCAAGUGCUCAGCGGUUUAGCUUGGAGGCUUUCAAGUUCAUUGCAGAUCAUCCAUUCGUAUUCGUGCACUGCCACGUAAUUGUAUGCAACGCAACGAACCCUGCUUCACAGUGUGCAAAAAAGUGUCCAUCAAGUGGCCGAGGUAGACGUGCAGUAAGUGAUCACGUGACUGAUGACGUGUAUUCUUUGGCCCAGGGCCCGAUCCGCCUCGCACGAGGCAAGCGAGAGAGAAAGAAGGAGAAUGCCUUUACUGAAAAUGGAUCCAGUCCUUUCUUCAUGAUAUCUGUGUUUGUGAUGUGCGCUGCUUGCUUGGUAGGAACUGCGCUGAUGAUCGUUAAGAAGUCACGUGACAAGCCCAUUGGCUAUACUCUGCUUGCUAGCAGAAGUCAGGAGUAAACACAUGCUCUAUGACAACGAACGGACUUGACAAAUCUUGUGAAAACUUGAGUAGGAGAUACCAAAAAAAAAUGCAUGGAAGUCCUUUCCUUUCAUCCUUUCCCUUUACCAAACAAAGCAAUGCACAUUUCGAUGGAAUCUUUAAAUAUCAUAACUCCUGAAUGAUGAAAGUUGAAAUAACCAGACUACCUUUCGGGAACACGAAAAGGAGUCAUAACACCAAACUCAACAAGACUUCUUCAUUGCAGAAUUGACAGUGCAAGAAGAUUUCAAAAAUUAUCAUGCCAGCCUAACGAUGUUGUUGUUUUCCGGCCUUUGCCUUUAAAACUGAAUUAAAUCCGAACUGCUCCAGAUUAUCUUCACUAUUAAAAAAAUUUAAGUUCUUUAGCCCCUUAGUUAUGAUGCAUUGGUAAAGGAAACAUCCUUACUUUGAUAUCUGCUAUUCAAGUUUGACUCAAUACGAAGAGAUUGGCUGGUCUCAAAACUUUGUUAACUCUGCUUGUUUAAUGAAGCAUGGUUUAUAGGACUUUUCAAUGAUCUACUCAUUACCGGAAAUGUCGAGAGUAUUAUUCAAUAAGGGUGCUUGCUGAGUAGAAAGAAGUAUUUGCUUUUUUUCGUUGAAGUAUUCUGAGUAAUUUUAGAAAUCUGCAUUAAGCGCGGGAAUACGUUAGCAGUUGUUCAGUUUUUUUACCAACUCUGAGGAGAGAUGCUUAGAGAGAAGCGAAAAGAAUACAAGGAGGAACUGACCCAUGACAACACUGAUUGCUUGUCAGUGCGCUGAAUUAACUACUCCAUCAAAUUGGUAAUUUGAUAAACAUUUUAUCAUGUAGAGGUGUGAGAAAAUUUUAAACUUCCGAAAGUGAUAACGACAAAAAACAUACCUUCUGUAACUGAGUUUACAAUUUGGGAUGAUGCUGGAUAAAGGAAAAUGAUACUUUAAUCAAGAUUAAGGACGUUACUUUUACCUGAUCAUUAUACUAGCAAAGGAAGCAGGUAUCGGAGGAAAGCCUCAUACACACAAUUAACAACAUGAGCUAACGACUAUAUUUUACUAGCAAUUUCAUACUCAGAUAAGGUGUUGGGAUUUUGCUACUGUUUUGUCAACUAGCAGUUCUAAGGAAAUAAAAUCUUAAACUGAUUUUUU